AUGGCUGCCACAACUAAAGACCUGGUCCAGUACAUCAUUGUCAGGGGAGACCUAAAAUGGCCUAAAGGAGCACUCAUUGGCAAUGGUUCGCACGCAUCGGUGGCAGCUAUAUUCAGCAACAUGAAUGACCAGGAUACUACUGAUUACCUAAAAGACCUUGAUAACAUGACCAAAGUUGUGCUCAAAGCAGAGAACGAAGAGCAGAUUGUCAAUGCUGCAAAGACGCUUGAAGAUAACAGUGUAAAGCAUUACAUCUGGCGAGAACAGCCGGAAAACAUUAUCUCAGCUCUGGCAACGGCACCACGAAGUCGCGAAAUAUUGAAACCACUGCUCACUAAUUUACUGAUGGUGCUAUCCAAUAACAAAAUUACUGUACAAUGCGUAACCAGCACCAAUGAAUCUAAUCAAAAGACAAACUCAGUGCGCAUUUAUUGUGUUUAUUCCUAG